AUGCGGAAGGAAUGCGCAAAGAAAGGAAUGUGGUGUUAUACUGUUUUGGUGGAAGUUAUUACCACCAUGUAUAAGUAUAAUUUACUCUUUGCUGCUCUUGUCUUAUUGGCCAGUUGCGCAUCUGUACAGUCUAUCAACACUCCACUUGAAGAUUUUGUCUACCGUCAAGAUGAAGGAUGGUCGUACGUUCUUCAAUCACAAUUCAGUGGUCCUGGAUACACUGCUUAUGUUUUAAAUUUUACUUCCUUAAAUUGGUUGGAAUUCCCAAAAACCAAUAAACCAAGAUGGUGGCAUUUCCUUACUGUUUGUGUGCCAACAUUUGUCACUUCAAACACUGGUUUCCUCUAUGUCGACAAUGGUAACUAUGCUUCUGCUCCACCAACAGUUUUGCAUCCAUUGAUCCAAUCGGUCUGCCUUGCUUCGCGUUCCGUUGUAUCUCAUUUGGCCCAAAACCCAAACCAACCACUCAUCCUCGACAAUGACAACAAGAGUCGUUCGGAAGACGCCAUCAUCGGCUACACCUGGAAGAAGUUUUUGGAAAACACCACCGACUAUGACUGGUUGGGUCAAUUCCCAGAGACCAAGGCCACCGUCCGUGCCUUUGACUGCAUUUCCAAGUUUAUGAAGGACUCGUUCCCACCCUGGUUCCCAAAGGUCAAGUCCUUUGUCGUCUCGGGUGCCUCCAAGCGUGGUUGGGCCUCGUGGCUCGCUGCUGCCGUCGACCCACGUGUCAAGGCUGUGAUCCCCGUCGUCAUGCCAAUCCUCGAUCUCGUCAAGAACUGCGAGAACCACUACAAGGCAUACGGAGGUUGGUCGUACGCCUACUACAACUACUAUGGUGAGGGUGUCAUGGCCUACAUGGGUACCCCCCAAUUCGACGCCAUGGCCAAGGAGAUCGACCCCAUCAACUGGGUCGACCAACUCUUGGUGCCCAAGUACAUCGUCACUGCCGUCGGUGACCAGUUCUUUAUCCCAGACUCGUCUGCCUUCUUUUUCCACAAGCUUCUCGGUGCCAAGCAUCAACGUAUCCACCCCGGUGCCGACCACUCUCUCCUCCAACGUUGGAGUCAAUUCAUCCAAGAAGUCACCACCUACUACAACAUGGUCAUCAACCGUCAAUCACUCCCCGACUUUGAGUGGUCCGUCAUCCCAGACAUUGUAUCCAACACCACUGCCAUCACCAUCGUCACUGACAAGCGUGACUGUCCAUCCAGCGUACUCCUCUACACUGCCGACACCAUCUCGACCACCAAGCGUGACUGGAGACAACUCCUCGCUCCAAAUGUCCCACAAAACAUCACCUGGGCCAUCACUCCACUCUCUCCAUACUCUGAUUCCAACGUCUUCAAGACCGUCAUCUCUGCUCCACCAGCUGGUGGAUGGCGUGGUGCUUUCGUAGAAUUGACCUACGACUCUCCAUUUGGUGAACAAAAGUACACCACUGAAUUCUUCUAUGCCCCAUACACCUUCCCAUUCGAAACAUGUGCUGGUGCUGAAUAUAAUAAUAAAUACAAGUAUGUUUUGAUUUCUAAAGGGGAUUAA